UUUUAAGUAACUAUUUCGUUUUUCAAGUAAGGUGUGAUGUACCAAGUAGAGAGAGAAAAUGUUUGAGGUAGUAGGCUGAAAUAGCGAGAUUUCUUUAAUGUUAGAGAAAAAUAUUAAUACAAUGAUGAUGGGUCGGUUGAGUGCUGAAUUUGAGAGCGCAAUAACUACUGUAAAUGAACGUGAAAAGAAGAUUUUUCGUACGCGAAAUGUCCUACUAUCGUCGAAAAUUCUAAAUAUACUUAAUAAAAUCAAUACACCAGUGAUCAAUACACCACGUAUUUCCAAAUUAAUACAAAUGCUAAGUUCCAAAUUAGUUGCUAUUUUCCAAAUUAGUUGUAAAUGA